AUGGCUCCGGGAGCAAAGUCCAGCAGGGUGAAGCCGUCCGAGGUGGCGGCAGACACCAAGAGAAACUUUAUACCCAUGAUCAACGCAGGCUACGCCGAAGACUUCCCCCCUUUCUCAGUCCUGUAUCGGCAGCCGACGGCCCAGCUGGAUAUUCGACGCCACACCCUGAGCACGCGCCCGCCCGUCUUCCACUUCGUCACAGAGGACCCGGUCAUGACAGCCAUUUCUUCGGGCGCAGCUGCCAGCAGGGCCAGCGAGGCGGCUGGAGGGCCCAGGGUCCGCAUGCCCUUCAUCUGCGCCGCAAACGAGCGCCGCCCGGGGGGUGACUGGGAAACUGGCUGUGCUGGCUACGAGGAGAAGCUCUGUCGUCGAAGUAACCUCUCGGCCACUCUCAGCAACCCCUGGCCCAACACAGGUGAGGCGUCAAACUACCCCAUCCCGUCCACGGGGGGUAUACUGUCCGAUGCCGUCGUCGUCUGUAGAGGCCCCCACGACCGCUACGAGAAGCUGGAGAGCUGGUACGACCUGCCCGUCGUCUCUGUGCCUCCGACACGGUGGCCCAAACUCAAGGACAAUGGGUCCAGAUACUCCUUUUCGGAAGAACGCGACAUGAUGAGGGAGAAGAUACGAGGCGCGUUGCGCAUAUGUCUCUACAACAACUACAACCAGAUUGUCAUUGGGGAUUUCGGCCUGGGCAACAGCUGUCGCAACCCCCCACAGGAGGUGGCCGAGAUUUGGCGCGACGUCUUCCUCUUUGACCCGGACUUGCGCGGCCAAUUCCGCUACGUCAUCUUUGCGUUCGAAGACCCUGCGCAAAGCACGACGCGCCUGAUCCUGGACGAGAUAGCCAAGAAGGACAAGAAGGGGGGCUCCAAGGGGCGAUCGCGCGACGGGUCCGGCUCCUCGGGCUCUGCCUCGAGCCGAAGCUACGCGCCCACAGACAUUGCCAUCUUCCAGCGAGUCUUUGAUACCGGCGAGAUUGAGCGUGUUCUCAGCCGACCCGAUCCGCGCUACGGCUUAAGCAUGAUCACGUCAUGA